CAGGGCCCCAGAAUCGUCAGCGACACACACCCAACCUGAGCAUGGUGCAUGCAGAGGAGACCGUUGUGACCCCAGCCCUGGGACGCCCCUUCCAGCUGGGCAUGCUGUACGAUUGUCGCAAGGAUGAACUGAUCCCAGGGGUCACCCUUUGGGACUACAGUUCUCUUCAGAAGGACCUGACCAUCAAGCCUCAGCCCAGCAUAGCAUCGGAAAUCAUUACGUCUGACAGCAUCGAUGACAAGGCCUCUUCCCUGGAUGUCGACGCAAACAUCAAAGCCAGCUUCAUGGGGGGGCUGAUUGAAGUGGGAGGGUCAGCCAAGUAUCUUCACAAUGCCAAGAAGUCCAAGAAACAGGCCAGAGUCACCCUUCAAUACAAAACCACCACCAAGUAUGAACAGCUGACAAUGAGCCAGCUAGGAAUCCAGAAUAUCUCUUACCCAGCCGUCUUUGAGCAGGGCACAGCCACCCAUGUGGUCACCGCCAUCCUCUAUGGAGCCCAAGCUUUCUUUGUCUUUGACCAAGAGAUUUCUUCAAAGGAGACAGUACAAGAUAUUCAAGGAAGUCUCCAGUUAUCAAUCAAAGAGAUGAUAUCUGUCUCGGGAGAAGGAAAGGCCAAAGUGAAAGAAGAAAUGAAAAAGAAUGAUUCAAAACUUAAUUGCAAGUUCCACGGAGACUUUUCUUUGGAGAAAAGUCCAGUGACUUUCAUAGAUGCCAUGCAAGUUUAUGAAAAGCUCCCAGAAUUCUUAGGGAAAGAUGGGGAGAAGGCUGUGCCUAUGAGAGUCUGGCUCUAUCCUUUGACCAAGCUGGACACAAAAGCAGCUAAGAUGGUCCGUGAGAUCAGCCUAACAUUGGUCUUUGAUGCUGGAAAGAUCUUGGAGGAACUCAAUGAAAUCCAGAUGCAAAGCAAUGACCUAGCCCUGAACGACACUGCUCAGACCUUCCCGGAGAUCAAGAGGAAGAUCCGGCAGUUCAAGGAUCUCUGCAAGCAACACCGGCAGACUUUCCAGAAACAGCUGGCUAAAAUAUUGCCUUCCAUCCGAGGAGGAGGAACGGAGGAACAGAAACUGGAGGACAUCUUGACAGAGGUAAACCAGUCUCCCUUCAACAGCGAAAGACUCCGUGAAUUUCUGGACACCAAAAAAAAAGAAAUUAACUUUAUCAAAUCUUAUCUGACUAUUCUAAAUAAUAUAGAAGUGAUCUCAUCUCAGAACAAGAUGGAAGAAUUAGUUCUUGACCCCGGGAAUUUAUAUGUUGUCUCCUUCAUAUUUACUUCUCUGCAUGAACACGAGUCAUUUCUCUUGAGCUUACAGAAGGAAUUAUCGCCAAAAUCAGAUAAGUCCACAAACUCCCCUCCUGAGGGGAAGAAAGGCCUGGCCUGGUUUGAGGACAAGGAGAGGACCCGCAAUGCUCGCCGAGCAGCCAAAUCCAUCAGAGACUUUUUCAGUAUCAACCAAUCCAAGGAGAAGGCCUGCUUUGUUGUGGCCUCUCUCCCAGAUGUGGACAACCCAGGAGCCUCAGUAUAUCUUUAUGAAGAUGGAGAGCUAGUCAGCAAGAACUUUGAGUUGCCCUCAAAACCUCUCCCUUUCCUGGUGAGUGAACUGAGACAUGACAGCAUUCAGCUGAAGUUUCAGCCAGUGGAAUAUGGAAAGGCUGCAAUCUCCAGCUAUCUGGUAGAGUACAAGGUUGCAGGGGAAGAAAAAUGGAAGACCGUGAGGACAGAGGACGCCAGGGAGAUGUUCCUGCUGAAAGAUCUGCCUCCAAACACAGAGUACCAGUUCAAGUAUGCUGCUUGUUGCAAGGUAGGCCUUAGUAAAUCCAGUGACCUGAGCCCACCCAUAAAGACCCUUCCCACCAGCCCUCCUCAGAAAUUGAGAAUGGUCACUGCAGCAUCUUCUGUCAUCUCUGUGGCCUGGAUGGGUCCCAGCAUUGUUGCCCCAGGAGUUGUGGUCAAGGAGUACAAGGUGGAGUACAGAAUGGUGGAGGCUGCAGCUGGGAAGGACCAAUGGACUGAAAAAAGUAGUGGGAGAAAAACAGAAUUUUAUUCCAUCAAAGGUCUGAAGCCACAGACGGUGUAUAGAAUACGGGUGUCAGCUGUGUGUGAUAAUGGAGCUCUGGGUGUCCCCAGUGAGGAGGUGGAGGUCUCCACUUCACUGGAGGAAGAAGAUGCAGAAAAUGUAGCUCACCAGUUCCUUCAGGAAAGCUCCCUGGUGGAGGACAGACAACCAUUACUGUUCACCCUUCCUUUGGAGAAAGUCUCCUCAGAUGUCUCCACUUCCUCUCUGUUGUACCAGCUUGGAAAGGAGAACCUGGAAGUGCCCAAUAAGGUGAUCCUGGUGAUGGGAGCAACAGGGAGUGGGAAAACCCUUUUGAUCAACGGGAUGAUCAAUUAUAUCCUGGGUGUCCAGUGGGAAAAUAAUUUCAGAUUCAAACUCAUUCAUGAAACCACCCAGAGAAGUGAAGCUGGAAGCAGGACGCCUGAAGUCACAGCCUACGUGGUGAACCAUCAGAAGGGCUUCCGAAUUCCCUACUCUCUCACAAUCAUUGACACUCCAGGGUUUGUAGGCCCAGGAGACGCAGAGCAAGACAAACUGGUUGAGAAGAAGCUCCUGGAGUUUUUCUCCACCCCAGGGGGAAUUGACCAAGUGGAUGCCAUCUGCUUCGUGGCCCAGGCUUUCCUUGCCCAUUCAACUCAUGCCCAGAAAUGCAUCUUUGAUUCCAUGCUCUCCAUGUUGGGAAAAGACGUGAAGGAUAAUGUGCAACUCCUGUUCACCUUUUCAGAUGGGGGGACCCCACCUGUCCUGGAGGCCCUCAAGGAGGCUGACCUCCCGUGUGCUCAGGAUGAGUCGGGAAUCCCUCUGUACUUCAGAUUCAACCAUUCAUCCCUCUUUGCUCCCCGUGAACAUGGAGGAAGCCACAAUGCUGCUUCUGAAAUGUUCUGGAAAAUGAACACUGAGAGCAUGAAGAAUUUCUUUGACUCAUUAGAGAUGCUGGAGACCAAAAGUUUAACUAUGACCAUGGAGGUCCUCAAGAAACGUCAGGAGCUGGAAGCUGCUCGUAGAAGACCUCCACCUCCUAAGGUUGAGCAAGUGCACCCAAAUAGUUUCCAGAUCAGUAUUGAUCCAGUAAUCACUGGGAAGCCUUCAGUCUCCAGGUACCUGGUGGAAUAUCGGAUUGCAGAAGAGAAUUGGAAAAGUCUCAAUACCAAAGGCCUUAAGGAUCAAUUCACCCUGGAAGAUGUCCACCCAAAUCUUCAGCACCAGUUCCGAUGUGCAGCUGUGACUCAAGAAGGGCUCGGUCAAUGGAGUGAGGUGAUCACUUGCAUCUGUCCCACAGGGAGGCCUGCUGAGGUAACUCGAGCUUGGGGGGAGGAGGAGGAGGAGAGAGUAGAAUAG